AUGGCACCGAUACUUCUGAACCACGUGGGGAAUGAGGAGAAUGAGUAUAUAAAUGAACAGGUCCAAGUAAAAAAUCCCAAUUUGGACACCAUGGAAGAGGACAUUCUCUACCACUUCAGCCUGAGCACUAAGACUCACAACCUCCCUGAAAUGUUUGGAGAUAUUAAGUUUGUGUGUGUUGGUGGCAGUGCAAACCGAAUGAAGGCUUUCGCCCAGUUCAUCCAUCAGGAGCUGAAACUGCCAGGAAACCCAGGAGACGUCAAAGAUAUCUGUGAGGGAACUGAUCGCUACUGCAUGUACAAAGUGGGACCAGUUCUCUCUAUAAGUCAUGGAAUGGGAGUCCCAUCAAUCUCCAUCAUGUUGCAUGAGCUCAUCAAGCUCCUGCACCAUGCCCAGUGCCGUGAUGUGGUUUUGUUUCGCCUGGGAACGUCUGGUGGAGUCGGUCUGGCUCCAGGGACCGUGGUGAUCACGGAAAAAGCAGUGGACUACUCUUUCCGCCCCCAGUUUGAACAGGUCGUUCUGGGUAAAGUUAUCACCAGGAACACCGAGCUGGAUGAGGGAGUGGCCAACGAGCUUCUGCAGUGCUCUUCUGAGCUUCAAACUUUUCCAACAGUGAUCGGAAACACCAUGUGCACCCAUGACUUCUAUGAAGGUCAGGGCCGACUGGAUGGAGCUCUGUGCUCCUUCUCUCAAGAAGAGAAACUGGAGUAUCUGAGGAAAGCUUAUGAGGCCGGAGUGAGGAAUAUUGAAAUGGAGUCCACUGUUUUCGCUGCUAUGUGCCGUGUCUGUGGUCUCAAAGGAGCUGUGGUAUGCGUUGCAUUGCUGAAUCGCUUUGAGGGGGACCAAAUCACAUCAUCCCAUGAUGUUCUGGUGGAAUAUCAGCAGAGACCUCAAAUCCUGGUGGCCCAUUUUAUCAAGAAACGCCUGGGAUAUAUUAUCUAA